AUGCUCGCCAACCCCCUUUUCGUCCUCGCCUCUGCGGCUUUGGCUUUGGCUUCACCUCUCAAGACCUACGGUCCUGGUUCUAGCUGCAAGCCUGGAAAGCCUAUGCCUGUCCUUCCUGUCAAUGGUGGUCCCACUGAACUUCCUUCUCCUCCUCAAGGCGCAACUCUAAAGCAUAUCGCCCUUGGUUUCGGUAUUCAGAACUACACCUGUGCCGACGCUGCUGCCACACCCGCAGCUCAAGGCGCUCUGGCUGUCCUCUACGAUGUCACUCACCUCUACCCGGGUCAAGGCCCUGCAUCUCUUAACCAAGACAAGUGGGCUGCUCUCACAUCCAACGUUCUUAACACGGGCAAGAUCCCUCUGAACCUCAACGACAACGGCGUCGGAGCCUCCCUCACCAACCCCUUUCCCAAGAAGUCAUCUUUCAAGCUUGAAGGUCAACCCAAGAACUUGCCUUACCUUGGCCACCACUUCUUCAACGCUGCCGGUGUUCCUACUUUUGACCUCGACGCUGCUAACCAGCUCCUCCUCUGCAAGAAGCUCGAUGGAAUCAAGGCUCCUGCUUCUGCCCCUGCUGGUCCUGAAGGAACUGGUGCUGUUGACUGGCUCUACCUUGGUGACGCCGGUGGCAGCAUUGGAGUCUCAUACGUCUACCGUGUCUUGACUGCUGGUGGUGCUUCUCACGGCUGCAAGGCAAAGGGUGUUGACAGCACCUCUUACACAACCCUCUACUGGUUCUACGGUUAA